AUGUCCUUCUCGACGCUCCAUUUACAAACGAAUCGAAUUUAUUCCAGAAAAAGAAGUGUGCAAUCUGUGGAAAACUAUAACGACUCAUGUCCACUUCUCGAAGCAGACGAAAGACACAUUAGUCAUCUCCAGUCUGAGCACAUUCAAGACGUUCGACAUAUUGACGAUGGUGUACUUUAUGCGAAGAAAAGUUUUAUAAAACGCAUACAAAGCCAUAAAAACCGUCUCAUGCAGCGUUUUCUUGUGGCGUGUCGUUUAGCUGACCCACCGAGGGAUCAGUUGUUUAAUAAGACUCAAGCAAGCAAUCGUCUGGAAAUGAAGCAACUAUUAAGAAUUCGUAAUAGCCUUCAUAACCAUUCGCAAAGCGUCGUCGAUCUAUCAGAAACGUUGCUAUCCAACUCAACGCAUGUUUCGAAAGAUUAUGAUUUGGGUGUCAACAUUCAGAAUAGCUCACUAGCGUUUCGUGAUCAAGCGGCAAAGGAAAUACUAGAAAAGAUUAAUUAUCGCAUUGCCGAGCUCAAGCGGAUUGACUUACUUAUCGAAGAUCGGGCCAAACUGGUGCUAGACAUCGAGUACGCAAAACGGGCGCUACUGCUGGAGCAUCAAAGAGGAAAUGUGACUCGUAUCGCAGAGCGGAGGCAAGCGCUUGAAGCUGCUCAGUGUCAUUGCGAGCAGUCGACACGUUUUAUCUCAGACCAAUUGAAAUGCAUGCGACUCAUUCGAGAUACUGAAGUUCUUGGGCUUUUCCAGGAGUACGCACUGCUAGUAGUGAAGUUUUUCGAAGGUGUAAAUCGCUGA